AUAACAUUUUAAUUUAAAGUUGUAUAGAGGUAUAGGUUUUUUUUUUAAAUUUCAUUUCUUAACAUGUUGUUAGCACAAGUUUUCCUUAUCAGAGAGGCCAGUCAUUCACACAAUCAUCAGGUAAUUAUAGGGUCUUGAUCACAGUUUGAUUUUGAUAGCUGUGCAGUUGUUAAGUAACUGGUUGUUUGAUUGAAGUACUUUAUCCAUAACUAUUUACCAUGUGUUUCUCUUAUAAGCACACCGUUUUUUUACUAUUUAUCUUUUCAUAAUGUAAUCAGACAACAUAGAAAACAUAUGACCUGUGUUAAAAAUCAAUAAAAGUAAUAAUUGGUUAAUAUAAAGCCUGCCUAUCCAAUAUGGUUCAAUAAGUGAUAUGCACAGCUCAUGCAGGUCCGUCAGCUAAUUAUCAUAAAAAGUUAAUACCCUAAUUAAGCCAGCCUGCCCUUAGCAUAUGGUAUGUACUAGAAAGCAGAUAGGAUCAUGCUGGGCAAAGUUGAUAUCUACAAAAUGACAGAACCAUGUGAAUUUUUUUGGUGUUGUGUGAUCAUUUGUAUAAAUUAUGAUGAAUAUAAGGAAAUGAUAUUGCAUCAGUCGAACUAAUUUUGUAUUCUAAAAGUCUGUCUUUCAUUUUGUUAAUGUCUUUCAUUUAGUUUGGUAUAGAUUAAAGUUUAUUAGUAUAUAUAUUUACAAAAUUAAAUUGGUCUGGCGCGGCACAGCCCAGCAACCAAUUUAAUUUGGUUAAUACGUACCAAUAAACUUGACCAAGCUAUAUGUAAGUCAGUGUUUUAAAUUAUUUCUAUUAACAGUCGAUUUACUAGUUGUGAACUUAUGGGCAAUUGAUAUUCCAUUUUAACUUUUACCUAAACAGUGAUUUUUUUAUUAACAGUUCUUAGUUGAUUUAUUAGUUGUGAACUUAAGGGAAAUUUAUAUACCAUUUUAUCUCAUACCUAAAAUUAGAACCGUCUACUGCAGGUUUUUUUUAGGAAAAUGGGAAGACAUUGGUAGGGAGGGGGAAAAAUAUAAGAGAAAGUCAAUUUGGGGAUAACUAUGACGAUAUUCAUACUUAUUACUAUAUGCUGAACUACAUAGUAGAGAAUCACAACUAUAUCUUUUUCCCCUUAAAAACUUAAUCAUCAUGCAAAAUAUUCUUUGCAGUAUAACAUUUUAAUACAUGUAUGUAUCAUGUGGUGAAUGGUUUUUAUACAUCAAAUUUUGUCUGAAUUUUAAUACAGUAUAGGUAAAAUAGUGUAUCUGUGACACACUUUAUAAUUAGCUCCAUACAAGUAAUUUUCAUAAUAAGAAAUACAAAAUAUAUUACUUAACUAAAAAUAACCAAGAAAAUAACAAUAUUUUGAUAGCAACAGAACUGAUUUCCAGAAAUAGUACGGUUCAGUAUGUGAUAUAGCCAAGAAAAAAAAUGGCCGCCUCCAUGUUCAGACAGUACUUGCAGUUUCCUGCAACGUUUUUGGUUAUUUUAGACAACAAUUAUGAGAGGUAAUUAAAAGCAUGUCAUACUUAAGGCGCUGGCGUCAAAAUGAGGCUGCUGCACAAGCUUUGGCUGAGAGCAGUGAUGAAGAUGAUGUUGCUACAAAUAUGACAGUAGUUAAUGUAGGAGGAUAUGAUAUCACAUCCUCAUCUGAAUUUUUUGAUGAAAAUAAUGUUUCUUAUAAUGAUGACAGUGAUGAUAACUUGUCGGAUUAUGGCUUUUCUGAGACAAUUGUAUCAUCUGAGACCGAUUCUGAGACGGACAAUUUGUCAGAUGAAGAAAAUGAUGAAUCAACAUUAAGGGAACAAUUAGCAACAUGGGCUACAUCUAAUAAUUUAAGCAAAAAAUGUGUAGAUGAUCUAUUGAAACUUCUAACUUCAAGAUGUAAUACUUACCUCCCAAAAGAUAGUAGAACACUACUUAAAACCCCUAAAAUGGUAGAUUAUGUUGAAAAGUGUGGUGGAAAAUUUAUUUACUUUGGUAUAAGGAUUGGGUUAUUGAAAAUUUUAUCUUUGAAGUCAUUUUCACUUGAUGCUUCAGAACAGAAUACAAUAAAGCUGAAUUUCAAUAUUGAUGGAAUUCCUUUAUUUAAGUCAACUGGAACACAGUUUUGGCCAAUUCUCUGUAACUUCAAAAGCUAUACACCUUUUAUGGUGGCCAUUUUCUACAGUUCACACAAGCCUAAUUCUUUAGAAGAAUUUUUAAUUGAUUUCAUUGAGGAAUUAAAUGAACUUAUAUCUGAAGGCAUACAGUUAGACAAUACAAAACUUCCAUAUUAG